GGGAGAAAAUAGUCCCUCAGCGCCACUCCGGCUCAUGUACCCUUCCGCCCAAACCAUAUUUAAUGGGAAUUAGUUCCGGCAAGGGGCGCGCAAGGAUCUCAUUUACACGCUCUGGCGGUGGGAACCGAGUGUGUGAGUGUGAUGCGGCUCGGGAUGUGAUUGGUUGGAGCAGGGAGAGCGGGGAAGCCACAGCCAGACAGGCCGGUCAGGGAGAGGGAGUGCGGCCCGGGCCGGAACCAACAGUCCGACAGCGAGAGAGUCCGGGGGGGCAGGUAUCCGUAUUAGCCCCAGGGAGAGAGUCCGGGGGGGCAGGUAUCCGUAUUAGCCCCAGGGAGAGAGUCCGGGGGGGCAGGUAUCCGUAUUAGCCCCAGGGAGAGAGUCCGGGGGGGCAGGUAUCCGUAUUAGCCCCAGGGAGAGAGACGGGGGGGCAGGUAUCCGUAUUAGCCCCAGGGAGAGAGUCCGGGGGGGCAGGUAUCCGUAUUAGCCCCAGGGAGAGAGUCCGGGGGGGCAGGUAUCCGUAUUAGCCCCAGGGAGAGAGUCCGGGGGGGCAGGUAUCCGUAUUAGCCCCAGGGACAGAGUCCGGGGGGGCAGGUAUCCGUAUUUGCCCCAGGGAGAGAGUCCGGGGGGGCAGGUAUCCGUAUUAGCCCCAGGGAGAGAGUCCGGGGGGGCAGGUAUCCGUAUUAGCCCCAGGGAGAGAGUCCGGGGGGGCAGGUAUCCGUAUUUGCCCCAGGGAGAGAGUCCGGGGGGGCAGGUAUCCGUAUUAGCCCCAGGGAGAGAGUCCGGGGAGGGCAGGUAUCCGUAUUUGCCCCAGGGAGAGAGUCCGGGGGGGCAGGUAUCCGUAUUAGCCCCAGGGAGAGAGUCCGGGGGGGGCAGGUAUCCGUAUUAGCCCCAGGGAGAGAGUCCGGGGGGGGCAGGUAUCCGUAUUAGCCCCAGGGAGAGAGUCCGGGGGGGCAGGUAUCCGUAUUAGCCCCAGGGAGAGAGUCCGGGGGGGCAGGUAUCCGUAUUAGCCCCAGGGAGAGAGUCCGGGGGGGGCAGGUAUCCGUAUUAGCCCCAGGGAGAGAGUCCGGGGGGGCAGGUAUCCGUAUUAGCCCCAGGGAGAGAGUCCGGGGGGGCAGGUAUCCGUAUUAGCCCCAGGGAGCAGUGUUUGCUUUGCCCAGGCAAGGGGCACUGAGGAGCUCAGGUGGGGCAUUUAAGUUUGUACCCCGGGCAGAUUGCUAGUAGGCAUUACCCCAGGAGGGUAGGUUAGUUAUACCUAUUAUAGGCGGGUUUUGCCCCAAGGAAGGGCAGAUUAGUAGGUUUUAUCCCAGGAAGUGGUAUAAGAGUGGGGCACCCCCCCAUGCCCCCUAGGGAUGUUGCCCAGUAGCCAGGCCGGGGUGGUGGGGUCAGGCCGGGGGCUGGGGUUGGCCCGCAGGGCAGGCAAUGGGGCUGGUUGCCCAGGGGUUAGGGGCCCCGGGGUCCAAUACAGCGGCAGCUCUGGGAGCUCAGACUCGGGGGAAGAGGAGGAUCCUCCUGGGCGGGGGUUAAAGCGGGGGCUCAACGAGCUUGAGCUGCCGGAACAAGGGGGUGCAGCCGGCGGUGUGGGGUACCCGGGGGCCAGUGGCACGGUGUCAGGGGCAAAACCUGGCAAGAAAACCCGCGGCCGAGUGAAGAUUAAGAUGGAAUUCAUCGAUAACAAACUGCGGCGCUACACGACCUUCAGCAAGCGCAAAACUGGCAUCAUGAAGAAGGCCUAUGAGCUUUCCACCCUGACUGGCACCCAGGUGCUGCUGUUGGUAGCCAGUGAGACCGGCCACGUGUACACGUUUGCCACGCGCAAGUUGCAGCCCAUGAUCACCAGUGAGACGGGGAAGGCGCUGAUCCAAACCUGCCUGAAUUCGCCGGACUCUCCCCCCCGCUCGGACCCCUCCACUGACCAGCGCAUGAGUGCCACCGGCUUCGAGGAGACUGACCUCACUUACCAGGUGUCUGAGUCUGACAGCAGUGGGGAGACCAAGGACUCACUAAAGCCGGCAUUCACCGUGACCAACCUUCCAGGCACGUCCAACAUCCAAACAGUGCCCACCACCUCCACUUCCAUGCAGGUCAGCAGCGGGCACUCAUUUCCCAUCACAAACUACCUGGCACCAGUUACCAGCGCCAAUGGGACAGUGCUGAAAACAGAGGGCGGCGCUAUGAGCUCAGGGGGAUUAAUGCAGAUUCCCACCGGCUUCACUCUCAUGUCAGGGGGAGCUGUAGCUCAGCAGGUACCUGUCCAGGCUAUUCAGGUCCAUUCUGCAGCACAGGCAUCGCCAUCCAGUGACAGCAGCUCAGAGCUGGUGCAGACCUCCUCUAGCGGAACAGUGACACUGCCUGCAGCCAUCAUGACCUCCUCGGUGCCCACAACAGUGAGUGGUCACAUGAUGUACCCCAGUCCCCACGCAGUCAUGUAUGCCCCUACUCAAGGACUAACCGACGGGGGCCUCGCUGUGCUCAAUGCCUUCUCCUCCGCACCCCCCAUGCAAGUCUCGCACACCCAGGAACAAGGGGGCGUCCAGCAAGUUUUCCUCACCGCUCCCCCCGGCACUGUCCAGAUUCCUGUGUCUGCAGUACAGCUCCACCAGAUGACGGUUAUUGGGCAGCAGUCCAGCAGCAGUAACCUGACCGAGCUGCAAGUGGUUAAUCUGGACACGUCGAACAGCAGCAAGAACGACUGACCCGCUGCCGGGGGAAUUUGCCCCACACUUUAUUGACUCAACACCUAUUUAUUGUUGCCUUUUUCACACAUUUCUUUAAUCCUCUGGGGCUGGUGCCACGGCGCGAGGACUGGAGGUGUCCGGGUGGGAAUAACGCUGCUCUGUCCCCCCAUAAUCCCCAAGCCAAAGAGCUCCAAACUUCUGUGUCUUUCUCCACUUUCCAGCUGCAGAGAGGCCGAGGCCCUGUCGGAGUGCGCUCUUCGGGAUCCGUAGGGGCAGCGCUAGAACCAGGAGAGGAGGAUUUGCACUGUGCCUGUGUGAUUAGACUUGGGGUUCUACCUGUGUAUGUUGGCUUGGCCCGCUGUUGGCAUUAUACACUGGGUACUGUGCGUUGGGCGCUACCCGGGGGAACACCGACUCAGAUAUGGGCCCCUAAAUAUGCUCGUAGAGCCCCCAACAAGCCAUUGCUAGGAAGAUAGAAGAAGGGACCCUAAAAUCCCCUAAGAGAAGACUUUAUUUUUCUAAUAGCUGAUUCUCAGUAUUUAUGUAUUGGGGUUGUGAUGCCCCCGUGUUUGUACGGCGAGGAGAUUUUACUGUCUGUAUAGUCAUUACGCCCCUCUGAUAUGCGGGGGGAUUUAUACACUCAUGCACAAUAUUGUAUUGCUUUGGGGGGGGCGCAAGGGGGAGUCGUAACUUCUGCUUAUUUCGGUGCCCUUCCAAUCACGAGUACUGUAACUAGAGGAUUAAUGGCUGGGCGAUUCCAUCAUGGAGGACAGGAGCCAUCUUGUAUCAGUACUGCAGCCCUGUGUGUGAGUUGUGUGUCUGUGGGGAGACAAGGGCACGUGACGGGGGGGGGGGGGGGGGGGGUGAGUUGGCAGUGGGCGGGCGCAAGGUGUUGGCGCAGAACGUGUCGGGCAUGAGUGCAUGGAUGACAGCCCGGGGUUAGUGCUUUUGGUUGAAGAGAAAUAUAUCUAUUUUCCUGUUUGGUUUGUCUCUGCUGUGUUUGGUUUGCUGGUGUGUGAGUUCCGUUACUCAACAAUUAACCCUCUGCUCUGGGUUCUGAGAGUUAACCCUUCAGUUCAGCAGCUGUGUCCCUCCUGCAGUUUCUCUGCUCAGGAUGCAAGGCGAAUCCCUUGGCCAUUAUCGAGGGGAGCGUAUAGGUGGGGGUAAGUAAUUCUGCCUGUUUAAUGGGUCCUGUAAGUUUAUUGGCUUUGCCGGGAUUCGAUUAGAUUCUGCUGAGCUGGAUACAUUAUGUUGUGGCCAUAGGAAAAUGAGAUGAAUAAAGCAGUGUGGUGGCCCCCUCCCGGCCCCAGCCAAUUCACAGUCUAGCGGCGCCUUCUCCCGGGCCCGGCCAAUUCAGUCUAGCGGCGCCCCCUCCGGCAAUUCACAGUCUAGCAGGGCCCCCUCCCGGCCCCGGCCAAUUCACAGUCUAGUGGGGCCCCUCCCGGCCAAUUCAGAGUCUAUCGGCACCCCCUCCCGGCCCCGGCCAAUUCACAAUCUAUCGGCGCCCCCUCCUGGCCCCAGCCAAUUCGGAGUCUAGCGGUGCCCCCUCCCGGCCAAUUCGGAGUCUAGCGGUGCCCCCUCCCGGCCAAUUCGGAGUCUAGCGGUGCCCCCUCCCGGCCAAUUCAGAGUCUAUCAGUGCCCCCUCCCGGCCAAUUCACAGUCUAGCGGCGCCCCCUCCCGGCCAAUUCAGAGUCUAUCAGUGCCCCCUCCCGGCCAAUUCACAGUCUAGCAGGGCCCCCUCCCGGCCAAUUCACAGUCUAGCGGGCCCCUCCCGGCCAAUUCAGAGUCUAUCGGCACCCCCUCCCGACCCCGGCCAAUUCAGAGUCUAGUGGCGCCCCCUCCCAGCCAAUUUAGAGUCUAGUGGCGCCCCCUCCCAGCCAAUUCAGAGUCUAGUGGCGCCCCCUCCCAGCCAAUUCAGAGUCUAGUGGCACCCCCUCCCAGCCAAUUCAGAGUCUAUCGGUGCCCCCUCCCAGCCAAUUCAGAGUCUAGUGGCGCCCCCUCCCAGCCAAUUCAGAGUCUAUCGGUGCCCCCUCCCAGCCAAUUCAGAGUCUAGUGGCACCCCCUCCCGACCCCGGCCAAUUCAGAGUCUAGUGGCGCCCCCUCCCAGCCAAUUCAGAGUCUAGUGGCGCCCCCUCCCAGCCAAUUCAGAGUCUAGUGGCACCCCCUCCCAGCCAAUUCAGAGUCUAGUGGCGCCCCCUCCCAGCCAAUUCAGAGUCUAGUGGCGCCCCCUCCCAGCCAAUUCAGAGUCUAGUGGCACCCCCUCCCAGCCAAUUUAGAGUCUAUCGGUGCCCCCUCCCAGCCAAUUCAGAGUCUAGUGGCGCCCCCUCCCAGCCAAUUCAGAGUCUAGUGGCACCCCCUCCCGGCCAAUUCAGAGUCUAGUGCUUCCCCUUGGCAGGUCACAUGCUGCAGAAAUGCAUUUUUCUGUCAGUAUCUGUAUUUAACAUGAAGGUCCAUGGUUGGCCUGGAAUAAAGGAUUAAGUGUCUGUGAGUGCUGAUCUCCCACUAUAGAAAUGGGGUCUACCCCCCCUUAUUUUUUCUGGGGUGAUAGGUUAUUAAAGGCAGGGGGAAUGGACCCCCAUUAAAAUAAAAUCUUUUACUUCUCACUUGUCUGUCCCUCCAUUGUGAGCGCUGAGGGUAGCUCUGUGCAAUAACACUAAACUCUCGUUCCUGCUCAGUACAUUGGUCCAUCCUGGGGGAAGGGGCCCACUGAUCUGUCCUAUAAAGAGACCCCCCCCCCCCCCCCAUUCCAUUCUACUCUUGCCGAAAAAGGAAAAAUUAGAACUCAUUUGCUGGCCUGAGUGCUACAAUCCUGCUGUGUCCACUAGGUGGCGCUGGGACUUUGUUAGAGUUAAAGCUGAUUGGACUGGGGCACAGUGUCUGUAUAUAAAUCUGUUCCUCAAGGGAGAACUCUGGGAACGGAUCCUGGGGUCUGGCUACUGUAAUACCCAACAGGACAGUGAGAGAUCAGACAGUGGUAUCAGAUAUGGUUUAGGCCCAAAUUCCAGUAGAGAGAGAAUGAAUUAGACCCACGGGACUGGUGGUUACACACAUGGGGGUUCGUACAUAAGGAUAUUGGGUCAGAGUGAAUGUGUAGGAAAGGCUAAAAAGCCAACAGAUUCCCUCAGUGGGCUCAUGGGUAAGGGGAGCAGUGUGGGGGGCAGGUACUGCCUGUGGGUGUCGCUCUUCUCAUAGACGGGAUAUUUCUGUGUUCCAUGAGGGAAGCACCAAGUACAUUUCUAAAAAAUUUGCCCAUUCAGAGCAAAAUAUAGUCACAUGACUUAAAGGAGUGCAGAAUAGGUUUUGUUAAACACUACGGAAUCCUGCAAAAAGUGUUCUGCCCCCUGCAUGGGUCUCUAACGCGCGUGUACGAUGCAUAGGUCAUUGCCUGCCCCAGCAUGGGUCACUAAUGCACACGUACAAUGCGUAGGACAUUGCCUUCCCAUUGUGGGUCUCUAACGCGCACAUGAGGCGAAGGACAUUGCCUGCCCAUUGUGGGUCUCUAACGCGCACAUGAGGCGAAGGACAUUGCCUUCCCAUUGUGGGUCACUAACGCGCACGUGAGGCGUAGGACAUUGCCUGCCCCAGCAUGGGUCACUAAUGCACACGUACAAUGCGUAGGACAUUGCCUGCCCAUUGUGGGUCACUAACGCGCACGUGAGGCGUAGGAUAUUGCCUGCCCAUUGUGGGUCACUAACGCGCACGUGAGGCGUAGGAUAUUGCCUGCCCAUUGUGGGUCACUAACGCGCACAUGAGGCGUAGGAUAUUGCCUGCCCAUUGUGGGUCUCUAACGCGCGUGUAUGAUGCGUAGGACAUUGCCUGCCCAUUGUGGGUCACUAACGCGCACGUGAGGCGUAGGAUAUUGCCUGCCCAUUGUGGGUCUCUAACGCGCGUGUACGAUGCGUAGGAUAUUGCCUGCCCAUUGUGGGUCACUAACGCGCACGUGAGGCGUAGGAUAUUGCCUGCCCAUUGUGGGUCUCUAACGCGCGUGUAUGAUGCGUAGGACAUUGCCUGCCCAUUGUGGGUCACUAACGCGCACGUGAGGCGUAGGACAUUGCCUGCCCAUUGUGGGUCACUAGGGCAGCUAUACGGAGUGUAUAAGCGCAUCUUUGCCUCCUAUCUACUGUAAUGUGCUUGAGAAUCUGCCCUUAGACCCAACCCUUUAGGGGCUGCAUCAAUAGCUCUGCUGCAGAGCAUUCCUGGGUAUUAAUUGGAGGGCUCUGCUGGAGGUUAGUGCGAUGGUUCUGUCGCUCCUAGUAACAUUUCUCAGCUGUUUUCCAAUAGGAAACAGUAGGACAGCACCCCCAUCUGGUUGGUCCUGCAAACACAGCGGAGGUUUAAUAGAGCGGCCAUAGAACAGCACUGGAAUUGGUGUUGCAGACAGACCCUGAAGAUGCCAAUAAAGCUGCAGUAAGAGUGCUGCAAUCUAACUGGUUCUGCAAAGAGAGGCUCCCACUAGGGCUGCUGUUAAACAGGGCUGAAAGCUGAUAGAUGACGGCAGUGAUAGGCCUGCAAUUUGAUUGGUUCUGCUGAUAGAGGUGUGUUGGUUGGAAGGGAAUAACGGUUAAGAUUCCAGGAAUGGCGCACGUUUGAUUGUUACUGAUCUGUUGGUAGUCGGACGGCCAUUAGUCAGUGCCUCCGUGCCAAACUGGACUCCCUGUUGCCGUUCAUAUUUCCCAAUAACCCUCUAGGCCACAUUGGAAUCUCCAGUAUCCCAGAAGGGUCAGGGGUCGCUACUGGCAGACACUGCGGAGACCCCAAUCUUUUUGCUGCUGUUGAUUUUUAUACCGAGCUCCUCAGGGAGAAGUGACAUUUAUUGUUUGCUGACGUCGCUUCUUUCUCCGCUUUUCAGUUAAUCCGGAGUUUAUUUUCUUUGUGCUUGUGUGUGUUUUUGGGAAAAAAAAAAAAGAUUUUUUUUUUUUUAAAUUUUUCCAGGGUUUUGUUCCCCGGGAGAAGUUGUGCAAGUAACACAGUACUGUGUUGUACAUAACCUUCUUUUGUAUAAAACAAACAAACAAAAAAACUUUCAAUAAAUGUAUCAUUUUGUGCACA